AUGGCGCGAAGGGGCAAACGUCUGAGACAAGAUGGCGCAAAGGCAGGCACGUGUGACAAGAAAGGAAAUGCAAUAUACAUUACGUUUGGUGGGGCACCAAACAAGAGCAAAAUACUGUACGUAAGUAUUGAUCCUAUUUUUGGACCCUUAACUUGUGCUGUAGAACACCUGUUUAACUUGAAGUUUGCUGCAAAGGAACUUAGCAGGAAUUCAAAAAAAUGUGACAAAGAAGAAAAGGCCGAAAAGGCAAAAAUUAAGAAGGCAAUCCAGAAGGGUAACAUGGAAGUUGCACGAAUACAUGCAGAGAAUGCUAUCCGACAGAAGAAUCAAGCGAUCAAUUUCUUGCGCAUGAGCGCCAGGGUAGAUGCUGUAGCAGCAAGAGUUCAGACUGCAGUGACGAUGGGCAAGGUGACAAAGUCAAUGGCAGGGGUAGUUAAAUCUAUGGAUGCCACCCUGAAGAGCAUGAACUUGGAAAAGAUAUCUGCACUAAUGGAUAAAUUUGAGCAUCAGUUUGAAACACUAGAUGUUCAGACGCAACAGAUGGAAGACACAAUGAGCAGCACUACUACACUAACAACGCCACAAAACCAAGUGGAUAUGCUUCUACAAGAAAUGGCAGAUGAAGCAGGUCUUGAUCUGAACAUGGAACUACCUCAAGGACAGACAGGUUCUGUUGGUACAAGUGUUGCCUCAGCAGAACAGGAUGAGCUGUCACAGAGACUGGCCCGCCUACGUGAUCAAGUUUAAGUUAAUCAAAGCUGCAGUUCUUUGUACAUGCUUUCAAAAUACCUUUUAUGUAACUAACCCUACACUACACUAGAAAGGUGUAUACAGUAUGGCUUACAUGUUUAAAUACUUGUAAUAUAUGCUACUUCACUCCUAGCUUGCUCUUCUUUCUAAAUACAUCAGGUAAUUCAAAAAUAUCAGCUCAUAUCUUUUUCUGUACAUUUUGAAGUUGAUAUAUCUUUUGCAAGCUCUUUUCACAAAAUCAAGUAGUAACGUUGCACCUUCUAGCUGAAAGAAAAGCAGAGUAUCAUUGACAUAUUUUAAAUUAUGAAGUGAAUUUUUUAAAUUAUGAAGACUGUUAUGGUUGGAGAACUGAUGUGUUCAGUUCAGAUGAUUCUAUAGCUGACUCCCUUACAUGGCCAAACUCAUGGAACACACAGAGGUGGACAGUGUGGACUUCAUGCAAAUGCGCUUAUUAAAACAAAUGAGUGGACUUCAGUCUGUAGAGUUUUUUGUUUAGUGUUUUCAAGCUACAGUAAUAAUGCUGAAAUUAAUGAUUCAGUUACCAAAAGCUGUUUUCAUAUAACUGGGAACUUGUAUGGUAUCAUCACUUUAGUACAGGAGGAAUAAAAUAUAUUUUUCAACACUU